AUGAAAUCAGCUGUUCAUCGCAUACACAACUCGGGAAUUUCGCGACGCAAGUUUAUUGAGUUUUUUAUAGCAACACGUCCGAUAAAUGCAAUCCUACGAGAGAUAAACAAAGAUGUAAAGAUGUCGAUUGAUAGUUUUUCACCUUCGGAUGUGAUUUAUUUAUUGAAAAUUUUGAAAAUAGCAAGUGAAAAAAUGAUGCUAGGAGAUGAAGCUCUUAUCGAUAUAUGCAAAGAGUUCACAAGCAAGCUCAACAAAGCCACCGCAGAAGCUUAUCAGGAUGAAUGUACUUUAUAUGACGAGCUUGUCUGGAAUAACAUCAAAGAGCGGAUCCUCUUUAAAAACGAUUCCCUUUGUUUGGAUAAUCAAAUUGAGCCCGACAUGCGCAAGGAUCCGGAAAGCCAUGAAAUCAAUCCACUGGAAUGGCUUCUCGUCGAACCUGCCUCCAAAAAAAAACACGCGUUUCAACUUUGCAGCUCGAGAUUGACGACUACGUACGCUUUUGUACAAAGGGAGCCCAUCCGUCUACUACCGAAAACUUGUAUCUGUGGUGGUUCCAAAAACAAAGCUCGUUUUAAAAAUUUAUAUCCGAUUGCGGUUCAAUAUAUAUCGCCAUCAGCUAGUUUCAUUUCUUCGGAGCGUCUUUUCAGGCACAAUUUU